AUGGCAUCGCCGGACUCUGCGAAGAUCGCACUCUCUCAAUGGCUGUUCCCGAUCUCUGCCUUUGAACACACCCCUACUGCCAUAGAAAGGUCCGUAGAAGAGGAAAUGUAUGAUAGGGCGAGGGGAAUAGAAUUUUUAUUCAGAUUGGGAACAUCAAUAGGACUUCAUUCACCAGGAAUAUUUACCGCGGCGACUUGGUUUCAUCGUUUUUUCAUGCGCUGCUCUAUGGAGGAUUACCACCGACAGAAUGUUGCUGCGUCGUGUAUAUUUCUCGCCACAAAAACAGAAGAAUGUGGGAGAAAGCUCAGAGAUGUGGCCAGAGUUUUCUGCUCAAAAACCCGUGGCGUAGAGAUCAAAGAUAUACCUGACAAUGACAAGGAAGUCGAAGAAGCUGCAAAUGCCAUAUUAACAACCGAGGAAGUAUUAUUAGAGGCCCUAUGCUUUGAUUUUGUCGUCGACAGCCCUCACGCCGAUCUCGUUGAUCUUUUCGAUGCACAAGAAGAGGAGCCGGUCCUGCAAGAUUAUGCAUGGAGCAUAGCUCAUGACUCGUUCCGCACGCCACUAUGUAUCCUCUACCCGCCAAGGAUUACCGCAGUCGCUUGCUAUAUUUUGGCCCAACGAAUUGCAGACGGCCCUCGCUCACACUCUCUAGAUGCCCGUGUGUCAUACUCCGCGCCGUCUGCAUCUCUUCCUACACCGCCCUCUCGUAAACCAGCCUCACCAGACGGGACUCGAUUUGCGACUGAGUUCUUCGGACUCAACGAAUCUGAGUUGUCCUGUGUUGCAGACGCACUUACGAUCAUUAUUGAGUUCUAUCAUUUUCAGAAUUCACAAGGUAUAGUAGACUACUUGGGCGACCUACUCUUCGUCAGUUCUUCCUUGCACCGUCUUUAUGCAAGAAGCUUAUAA